UCGGGUUUCAGUGAUGUGGGUGAAGUGAACAUGAAAAUGGUAGUGGUUUUGUUAUUGGGGAUGUUUCUGGCUCGAACGGUGUCCCACACAAUAACCUCGCUAGAGGUCCCGCGGUGGACGGACCCUAGCAAGGAGGCUGAACUCCGUUGCCAGUAUACGCGGCAACGCAACGACCCUGCGUUACACUCCGUCAAGUGGUAUCGUGGCACGCACGAGAUCUUCCGAUAUACCCCGCACGAGUACGAAAGCACGCAAACCUUCAACGAAUCCGUGACGAACAGUUCGUGCAAUCUCGAGGAGUGCCGGAUCGUGGUCCGGCCCGAGCGGGGUACAGCCAAAUAUACGUGCGAGGUGUCCAGUGAGGGGCCGCGGUUCGCCGUGGACCGGCGGGCUGCCAACAUGACGCUAGCCGUACUGCCAGAGUACGACCCACUCAUCACGGGCCUGCCGACGCUGGUGCAGACAGGCGAGCAGGCGCUCAUAAACUGCACGUCAGACUAUUCGCUGCCUGCAGCUACGAUAGAUUGGUUCGUGGAUUCUGAACCACAGGAGAAAAUUAUUACUUUCAGCUCUUAA